AUGGGUAUGUCAAAGGACAAGAAGAACCGUCCCAAUAUAAAGAUGAAGUCUCUGGAGCCAAAAGUUGUCAGCAAGUGUCCAUUCACCUCAGUUUGGCUGCGUAAUGUAAGCGAUGACCAUACUUUUCAAGACACUCUGCAUCAUAAGGCUGUUAAGAAUAUGGCUUGCAGGACAGGAGUGUGUAAUGGAUCCGUCAUGUUUCCAAAAGCCCUGAUGUCUCCUCCUGAUAGUAGGCCUACCCCAGAUGCUAGUGAUCGUCUGGUUCAGGCUCUUGACUUCAUCAACCAGUUUUAUAAACCAUUUACGAGCUCUAGAAUAGAAGAUUACCUGGCCCGACUUGAGCAAGUUAGUUUAGAAAUCGAUGCUACUGGGACUUACCAGCUGACCUCAGAAGAACUGGCUUUUGCUGCGAAACAGGCGUGGAGAAAUGCACCGAGAUGCAUUGGCAGGAUUCAAUGGUCCAACUUACAGGUGUUUGAUGCCCGAAGAUGUAGCACCGCUAAGGAAAUGUUUGAUAACCUUUGUGAGCAUCUUCACUAUGCCUCAAAUGGAGGCAAUCUGAGGUCUGCAAUCACAAUUUUCCCGCAGAGAACUGAUGGGAAGCAUGACUUUCGUGUGUGGAAUAGGCAGCUUAUAAAAUAUGCUGGGUAUCAAAUGCCUGAUGGAACUAUAAGAGGAGACCCUGGCAGUCUGGACUUUACAGAGAUUUGUAUUCGUCUUGGGUGGACUCCAAAAUAUGGUCCCUUUGAUGUGCUGCCACUGGUCUUGCAGGCCAAUGGUGAAGACCCAGAGGUCUUUGAGAUUCCUCCAGAGUUAAUUUUGGAGGUUUCCAUGGAGCACCCACAGUUUGACUGGUUCAAGGACAUGCAGCUCAAGUGGUACGCCCUACCCGCAGUGUCCAACAUGAUGUUAGAGGUCGGAGGACUUCAGUUCACAGCUUGCCCCUUCAAUGGCUGGUUUAUGGGCACAGAGAUCGGGGUUAGGGAUUUCUGUGACCCCCAGCGGUACAAUAUACUAGAGCAAGUUGGUCGUAAAAUGGGAUUAGAGACACAGACAUUGUCCUCCCUUUGGAAAGACGAGGCUCUUCUGGCUGUUAAUGUAGCUGUUAUUUACAGCUUCCAGAAAAAUAAAGUAACCAUCACGGAUCACCACUCGGCCUCAGAAUCCUUCAUGAAGCACAUGGAGAAUGAGGUUCGUCUCCGUGGAGGUUGUCCAGCAGACUGGAUCUGGUUGGUUCCACCCAUGUCAGGUUCUCUCACAGCUGUGUUCCACCAGGAAAUGGCCAGCUACAUCCUCUCCCCCUUCUACUACUACCAGCCUGAGCCCUGGGAGACUCACGUAUGGAAAGAUAAGAAAAAACUGAAGAAAAAAGAAAUCCAUUUCAAGGCAGCUGCCAGGGCUGUGCUCUUCACUGUGUCUCUGAUGCGUCCUGCGAUGGCCUUGCGUGUGCGCUGCACUGUGCUGUACGCCACAGAAACAGGCAAAUCCCUCACUCUAGCCAGAAAGCUCAACUCCAUGCUCAACUGUGCAUUCAACUCCAGGUUCCUUUGCAUGGAAGAUUAUGUCCUCAGUGACCUUGAAACUGAGUGUCUGCUUAUUGUGGUGACCAGCACCUUUGGGAACGGAGACCCCCCAGGGAAUGGAGAGAGUUUCAAAAAGGGGCUCCUCAAUUUAGAAUCCAUCAAAAACAAAUUCAGGUACUGUGUGUUUGGCCUGGGCUCCCGUAUGUACCCACAGUUCUGUGCCUUUGCCCACACCCUGGACACCAGACUGGCACAGCUGGGGGCCAGGAGUUUGCUUCCAGUUGGGGAGGGAGACGAGCUGAAUGCCCAAGAAGAAUCGUUCACUGCUUGGGCACAGGCUGCUUUUCAGGAAGCCUGCAAGGAGUUCAAAAUCCAUGGACAGCUCUCUGUCCUCAAGCCACCAUCUGACAUCUGGGAACAUCACAGAUACAGAGUGCAGAAUGAGAACUGCCCACUAGACCGCAUGAGAGCAUUGUCAGAGACUCACUCUAAAGCCCUAAUCUCCAUGAAACUGAAGAGGAAGGUACACUUACAAAGCACUCGGUCCAGUCGCUCUACAAUCUUGGUGGAACUUGAGAAAGACAGUGGAGCAGAGCCCUUGCGAUAUGCCCCAGGUGAUCAUGUGGGAGUUUUCCCAGGGAACCCAGCAGAACUUGUGGCUGGUGUUCUAAAGCACCUCUCUGAUGCCACCCCUAUCAACCAAAGCGUGCGUCUCGAGUCUCUCUACACCUCUGGCUCAGGGAUCACGUGCUGGGAGACAGACGGGCGCAUCCCAGCAUGCCCUCUGCCACAGGCCCUCACCUACCUGCUGGACAUCUCUAGUCCUCCCUCCCAGAACCUCCUCCAUAAACUCUCACAGAUUGCCACACAAGAGGAUCAAAAGCGGCACCUGCUAAUGCUAGCUACGGACUACCAGGAGUAUAUGAAGUGGACGAACUCCUUCAGGCCUACUUUCCUAGAGGUUUUGCAACAAUUCCCAUCUGUGGAGCUCACAGCGACCUUCCUCCUUAGUCAGCUACCUCUGCUAAAGCCACGCCUCUACUCUGUUAGCUCCUCCCCAGAGCUCUGCCCUAAUGAGCUGCACCUUACAGUGACAGUGUUGAACUACCACACCCAAGAUGGACACGGCCCACUCCAUCAUGGUGUGUGUAGCACUUGGCUGAACACAAUCAAAGAGGGAGACUUGGUGCCUUGCUUCCUUCACAGUUCCGAAGGCUUUCACCUGACAGACCCCAGCAUACCGGUCAUCUUAGUUGGUGUAGGGAGUGGCAUUGCCCCAUUCCGAAGCUUCUGGCAACAGCGGAUAUACGAUCAAGAACAGAAAGGCUUGGCAAGUGUGCCCAUGACGUUGGUGUUUGGCUGUCGGAGUGCAGACACAGACCACCUGUACAGAGAGGAAGUGCAGGAGAUGAAACGCAAGGGAGUUUUCAGAACUGUCAUGACGGCAUACUCACGUGAGCCUAGUCAGGACAAGACGUAUGUACAGGACAUCCUGAGGGACUCUUUGGCUGAGGAGGUGGCACAGGUGCUUCACCAGCAGGCUGGACACAUUUAUGUCUGUGGAAGCAUAAGCAUGUCGAGGGAUGUGGCUCACACCAUAGAAGGCAUCCUAGCACACAGGCUUGGCAUUAGUGCUCUUCAGGCUUCCCAACAGCUGGCCCAAAUCAAGAGUGAGAAGCGAUACCAUGAAGACAUCUUUGGGGACAAAACCACAGGGGUUACCAGGAUGUCAUCUUUAGGGGGGCAACAAAAAAUGGGCGCAAAAAGUAUCACCACAAGCUUUUAGUGCAGGCCCCUUGGCAGACACACGGGGCCCAUAGCCUAGGCCGUAGACUACAUAGGCUAUAUAAACAUGUGGUAGUUAUUAAACCAGGUGAA